AUGCCUCGCGGACCUAAGAAGCACCAGAAGCGCCUCAGUGCGCCCUCGCACUGGCUCCUGGACAAAAUGUCCGGAACCUAUGCUCCCAAGGCCUCCCCCGGUCCUCACAAGCUCCGGGACUGCCUCCCCCUGAUCGUCUUCAUCCGCAACCGUCUCAAGUACGCCCUGAACGGCCGUGAGACCAAGGCCAUCAUGAUGCAGCGUCUGAUCAAGGUCGACGGCAAGGUCCGCACUGACCCUACCUACCCCGCUGGUUUCAUGGACGUCAUCGGUAUCGAGAAGACCGGCGAGAACUUCCGUCUCAUCUACGACACCAAGGGUCGCUUCACCGUCCACCGCAUCCAGGCUGAGGAGGCCGAGUACAAGCUCUGCAAGGUCAAGAGAGUUCAGCUUGGCAAGGGCGGGAUCCCAUUCUUGGUUACGCACGAUGCGAGAACCAUCCGCUACCCCGACCCUGCCAUCAAGGUCAACGACACUGUGAAGGUUGACAUUGCCACUGGCAAGAUCACCGAGUUUGUCCGCUUCGACACUGGUGUUGUCUGCAUGGUCACCGGUGGUCGUAACAUGGGUCGUGUUGGUGUCAUCACUCACCGUGAGCGCCACGAUGGAGGUUUCAACAUUGUCCACAUCAAGGACGCUAUUGACAACUCCUUCGCCACCCGURAAUCCAACGUCUUCGUCAUUGGACAGGAGAAGCCCUGGAUCUCUCUGCCCAAGGGCAAGGGUGUCAAGCUCACCAUUGCUGAGGAGCGUGACCGCCGCCGUGCCUACGCUCUCGCCAACUAA